CGUGCACACUCCGUGAUUGUUGAUUCACUCAGACUGAUUUGCAAGAGGCUAGAAGGGUGAGAAUCGGCGGGAUCGUCCAAUCCUUCACUGCCGGCCUCGUCCAAAUCCUCCCCGCACGUCGUGAUCAUUCAAGAGGCAGCGCAUCAUCAGCGCAUUGUCCAUUUGCGCAGGAUCGCAAACAGCACCGAGCAGGCGGCUCUACCGUGCCUCGCAAUAGUCAGGUUUUAGGAUGUGUGCUUUACGAGGAGGAAUGAGGCUAAGCGGGCAGUUCGAGCAAGGCUUGUCAUCCCUUCGAUCGCUGUCCGAUGCACUCGCCUCAACUUCUCGCAUUCCUGCUCGGCAAGUCACGCCCUCAGCAUCAUCUCCAUUCCACACGAGCAGUACCUGCCAUGUCUUCGCUCAGCGGACUCCUCGACAGAGAAAAGCUGCCAAGCUAAAGAAGCAGCGCAAUCAGGAUACGCAAGAGCUCAAAAGGCGGCUCUUUGAAGCUUCCAAGCCUGAUCCCAUUCUGGGACAUCAACUCAACGCCAAGGGAGAGAGCUUGUGGAAGGAAUGUGAAUUGGCAGGACUGUUACUGGAUAGGGACGUAGUGUGGGGUAUAAAAGAAGAUCGAAGAGGCAACUUGGUGCCCAUUUCGGAACUGGAAGAUCUGCCCGAGUCCGUCAAGGCUGCUCGCGAAGAGGAGCGACUUCAAGCUGAGAGAGAGGGCGGCCCACUUCGUCUGAAUUUCGGCCUGACACUGUCGGAUCGAAAGACGUUGUUUGGUCAUUUGCCGACCAUAGUGGCAGAGGAUAAUGUGCUCAAUGCUCACGCUCUCCAAUUAUCAAGAGGAGAUUCGGGAGCUUUGAAAGCGGCAGAAGAGGAUUUGGAGAGGAUGGAAGAGGCGGAAAAAGUCAAGAGCGAUACGCUCUCGAGGAUAUUGGAUCUGCGAAAUGCGAGCGCUAAGGGCAUUCAGGUGGAGAAUAUUCGUAGGAUCAUUGAUCACUUUGGCAAUCGCGGUCCUCGACUUCCCAGAGAUACGGGCAGCGUCGAGGUACAAGCUGCCGUCCUCACCUACCGCAUCCGUUCCCUCCUUUUCCAUCUUAAUGAUGGACACCGCAAGGAUCAUUCAAAUCGACGCAGCAUGUCCAACCUGGUUCAACAACGAGCCAAGCUCCUCAAAUAUCUCUUCAAAAAGGAUCAGAACAGGUUCGAGGCCAUCUUGCCGCGCGUCGGACUCGAAGCCAGGGCUGUUCUUGGGGAGGUCAUCGUGCCUGGUAUGCCCAAGGUUCGCAGGGCUUGAAAUGCAUGACCUUUUGUCGGGACAUCGAUGAUCACCGGGCCGUGACUGCGAUGAUGGACACGAACUUCGACGACGAGCGCAAGCGCAAACGAAUGUACGGGCUCGAAGAUCGAUGUUGUCAUUAGCGAAUUGGUCAGUGCCGAGGUCGCUUCAAUCGAAGCUUGACAGAGGGAGGCUAUGCCAAGGAAGCGGGCGGUGCUUCCGUCCGUGAUAGCCGUUAGGUGUCAAAACCAGCGCGGUGGAAUGCAAGCAAGAAAUUUUCCGAAUUUGUACAGGCCGCCUUCACCUCUACUCCUGAACUUGAGCUCCCUCCUCUCGCUUCUUGAGGACGAGACCCUUGCCCAUGCACCUCUCAAAGACGGAGUGAACAUCAUCCACAAGCGUCUCGAAGUGAGAAGUAGCAUCGAGGGAGCGCGUAAUGUAGAUGUUGCUUUCCUUGCCGUCCUCCAAGGGCUCUUCGACUGGCGCAACAGUGACG